AGAGCAAGAGCAAGACGUAAACAAACUCAGGUGCUCGCCAGGCCCAGCACGUGUUCCAGCUGCCCUGCCUGAUAUACGCUAAUAGACUUACCAAUACCAAUAACCAAUAAGACUUACCAAUAAAACAUGAACCUAAAAACCUCAAACCGCAGCCAUAGCGUCCAGUGAAUCAUAGGCCCAGAGCUGAAGGACCGUAGAUAAGAGAGGAACAUACCCGCUGCGUGGAAGUGACCUGGUUCUAUAUCAUCAUUUUAGGCAUAUAAAACCCUCAAAAUGGUAUUCAAGAGGAAAGCAGAUGAAAAGAAUAUCCACAUGAAAAAGAUGAUCCAGAAUACCAGGAAAAGGAAAGCCAAAAUGAAAAUAAAGCCUAGCAAGUUUAUCCUGGACCAGCAGGGCGAGGGCAGACCAGCAAUGCUUUCAAGUGGGAAUGUAGCCAAAGCAGAAGACACCCUUGGCUAUGACCCUCUCGUCCAGAAAGAAAGGGAGCUGGUGGCAGACUUGUUUGGGGGCGAUGGAGAACCUCUAGGGAUGGCAGAGGAGGGGUUGCCUGGUGAGCCUGCAGAUGGAGAGAAGCCAGAGGAGGUGAAGGUAAAGGUAGAGGAGUGUGAGAGCAACCUGCCGUCUUUCAUUCCUGAUGAUCCUUUUGAUAUUCACAGACAAGAGGAACAAAAACAUAAGCCACCAGUUUGGGUAGAUGACGAUGACUUCAAUAUAAGAGUUAAGGAUGUCGUGGCCGGAAUGGACAAGGCGCGGGGUACAAGGGGCAUCAGGGAAGUAUCUGAUGAGCACUACAGUCAUACCUUGCAGCAAAAAUUCAGACAGACUGUUGGUGAAACUCCUGAGUGGGCUCGCCUCCAUCCACCUGGCAGCCAGCAAGAUACAGAGGAUGAGGAGUUGGUCAAGGGCACAGCAGAUUAUAUGGCUCAUGGAAGGUCCUUAAAAUUAGCCAAGAAAAGACUCGCCUGCAAGAGGCAGGUUGACUUGAAUUUUGCUUCUCGCACUGAGGGGGCCAUCAUCACUGCCACAGAGUUCAACACAAAGCACCAUGUGGGCCUAGUAGCUGGUUUCUCCAGUGCUGUUGUGGGGGCUGCCUCACUCUUUAAGGUGGAUGGCACUUACAACCACUUGAUUCAUUCUGUCAAGUUUCCAAAGUUCCCAGUCAAGUAUGCUAAAUUCCUGAGUGAUGGUCAAAAGUUUGUGGCUGGCUCCAACCAGUGCAACUAUUUCUACAUGUAUGACCUGGAGGGAGCUCAGGAGACAAGGAUUCCCUCCAAUCUGGGAAAAGAUGGGCAUAACAUGAAGAAUGUCCUAGUGUCUCCUGAUGAAGAGUUGCUGGUUUUCCUUGGCAAAAAUGGUCAGCUGCACCUUUUUGAUGCCAACUGUCUCUCCCAUGUGGACACCCUGUAUGCCUCAGGAGACGUGACAGCAGCAGCCUUCAAUGCUAGUGGAUCACGCCUGUACACCCAUACCACAGAGGGUGAUGUAACCAUCUGGGACAUGCAUGCAAGAGCUUGCCUGCACCGUUUUUACGAUGAAGGCUGCAUUGGUGGCACAAGUAUUGCAGUGUCUCCAGACAACCAGUACUUGGCAUGUGGAUCGUCAUCAGGUGUCAUCAAUGUAUAUGACCUGGCUGCUGUUAUGGGUCAGUCACCAGUGCCAGUCAAGAUGCUGAGCCACCUCCGCACUAGUGUUUCAGCGCUUACCUUUAACUCCUCUUCAGAGAUCUUGGCUGCUGCCUCAGACCAGAUGGAGAAUGCCAUCAAGCUUGUGCAUCUCCCCUCCAUGACCUAUUUUGCGAACUUCCCACACUCCAAAACUGAGUUACGGAGGGUCCAAGUGGUAAACUUCUCGCCGCACAGUGGCUUUCUGGCAGCAGGGAACAAUGGCGGCAGGGCUCUUCUCUACAGGCUUCACCACUUCGCCAGUUACUAAGUGAUGGCCUUUGUUAACCCCUUGACUGAGGAUUUCCUACAAGAAGACAUCACCAUGCUACAGAAAUGGAACAAAAGUGGCUGCUUCAAUUCAAUGAAGAAAAAUGUUACGUCUUGCACCUUGGGAGGGGAUAUCCAGCACACCAAUACCACAUGGGAAACACUCCAUUAUCCCCCACAGAGGCAGAGAAAGACCUGGGAGUAUAUGUUACCAGGCUACCAAUGAAAGCCAAAUCUGUGCCAAUCACAGUGGACAGGUUAAGUGGUAAACAAAGUAAUCCACUGGAUGAAAGGUAGGAAAGUAUCAAAUCAUGAGUUAAUGUAUAUAGAAUUGGCUUCGAUAAAGUCAUCAUCAAUGCACAAUUGGAAGAAAGUAAGAUAUAAAUCCUGAACCAAGUUGUACUACUUUUUAAACCCAAAGUUACUGCCAGUCUUCGAACUUGGGAUGGGUGUUGUGUUCACUUUUAUGGGUCAAUUGUUUUUUACCAUGUGGUUUGCUGCUGCUUGAGAUGACCCAACCCCUCUGCCUUGUGUAGCCUAAAAAGAAGACUGAUUAUGACAAUGUAAAGAUUUGCUUCCCAAUAGUAAUUCUUACUCACGUGAAA